AUGGAGGCAUGGCUGCGUGUAACCGCGAUAAAGCGGAAACCCUACAUAAGUUCUUUAAAGGUGUAUAAGACUCUAGCUAAUGUGGAUAAUCCGGCUUUAACCAGAUCAGCUGAUACGUCAGAGUUAUUCGAAAUUGCCAUCUGUCAAACAGAUAAAGCGGAAACCGCACUUGAGUUCUUCAAGAGCGUGUAUAGGACUCCAAUCGACUAUGAUAACCCGGGUUUAGCAGGAGCAGCCGAUACGCCACAGUUUGCGGAUAUUGUCAUCUGUGAAACAGAUGUACAUCGAGAACUCCAGACGCUGAACAAGCACAAGUCAGCAAGUCCAGAUGGAAUACAUCCAGCCAUAGUGCAGCCACUGGCUGGUGUGCUAGCCGGGCCGCUGACUGUACUUUCUAGGGAAUCAGUGCAAACUGCUACGCUACCCCAAAACUAG